GAGGCGGUGGUGGCCCAAGCAGGAUUCGUCUCCAGGGACCUUUAACAUUGCCUCUCCGAUAUCCCAGAGGAUUCACACGGCUUUUCUCCGGAGGGACAGGGUUCGCCUUGUAAUAACGAAGUCCCCCAGCGUCCUCUGUUUUAUUCGUUCAUUUCCCCACGGUAAAAUCGGACCCAAUGCUAGUGCAAGAGCUUAAGGAAGCAAACCUCAAUCAACGGAACACGUGAUGACUGCUGUAACUAGUCCCUUGUGACCGUCUACGGUAGUGGAGGCUGGCAUGCCUCUCGUUUCCACACGAACCAAGGUUCAGAAAAACACACCUUUCCCAGAAAUCGCACACCUAAGAAGAUCCCAUCCUCCAGACUGGACCCCUGACUUGUUUAGCUACAAAAACUAAUCAAGCCGGGGAGAGUUGUGCAUUAACGACCCUGUCGGGCUUGGGCGUACAAGGCACUUUUCAGACACUCCCUGCAGCGGCGAUAGCCAGACCCGUCCUUCAGCUUCGGACUUUGGCGGGCCGGUGUUAGCUGAGUGGAGACGGAGGUGGCGGUGAGGCUCUGCCUUACGGUGAUUCCACAGUGCAGGGGGAGUCAUGCCGGAGCCGCAGCAGCAGGGCGCCGAGCGCGACCUUUACCGGGACUCGUGCGUGCGCUACCUCGGCUAUGCCAAUGAAGUGGGGGAGGCUUUCCGCUCCCUGGUGCCUGCCGCUGUGGUGUGGUUGAGCUAUGGCGUGUCCAGCUCCUACGUGCUGGCCGAUGCCAUAGACAAAGGCAAGAAGGCAGGAGAGGUGCCGGGUCCUGAAGCAGGCCGAAGCACCAGAGUGACCCUGGCUGUGGUCGACACCUUUGUGUGGCAGUCUCUGGCCUCCGUAGCCAUCCCAGGCUUCACCAUCAACCGCCUGUGCGCCGCCUCUCUGUAUCUCCUGGGUACCAUGACCCGCUGGCCCCUGCCUUUCCGCAAAUGGACCACCACCACACUUGGGCUGCUGGCCAUUCCCUUCAUCGUCCAUCCCAUUGACAGGUCGGUAGACUUCCUCCUGGACUCCAGUCUGCGCAAGCUGUACCCAUCGGUGGGGAAGCCCAGCUCCUCUUGACCCUGUCCUGUGCCUUGCCCGUGUUUGACCCACUCACAUCAAAGGAUGUGGAUGCAUGGCUGUUUGGGGUCCACAGCACUGGCAUCUGUGAGUUCAAACUGAUAGAAGCUUAGAGGCCAAGGCCUUGAGGAGUGGUGGCUACAGAGAGUGCCAGAGGAGGGACCCGACCCUGUCUGCAUCAGUGGCCAUGGUACUGAGUGGGAAAGGACACUGGCUGGGCCUGUCUUUUGAAAUCUUUUUUUUUUAAAGUAUUUAUUUUAUGUGUGUAAGUGUUUUACCUGUGUGUAUGAAUGUAUGUGCACACCCUUGGAGGUUAAAAGAGGUCGUUAGACCCCCUGAAACUGGAAUUAGGGAUAGUUGUGAGCCGCCAUGUGGUGCUGAGAACUGAAUCUGGUUCCUCUGCAAGAACAGCCAGUGCUCUAAGCACUCAAGUACCUGUCAGCCUCAGGGCCUAUCUUCUGAUGGAAAAGUUAUAUCCUCCCAUGGAGGAGAAGGAUAUUAAGGCCCAGAGGGGGCAAAGAACACUCCUAAGAUCACAAUACUCAGGACCGAGUCUCUGGCCAGCCCAUCCCUGCCACAGGAACUGCUGGGGUCUGGUUGGGAGGCAAGACAACCACAAACCAAAAUGCUAGGCCAAUAAACCCUUCAAAAGUGU